AUGUCAGCCUCCAAUAUCACCGCAAUCCAUCCAGCCGCCUUCUUGUUGGUAGGAAUUCCAGGUUUGGAGCACCUACAUGUCUGGAUCUCCAUUCCCUUCUGCUUUGCCUAUACUCUGGCCCUGCUAGGCAACUGCACCCUUCUCUUCAUUAUCCGGGCUGAUGCAGCCCUCCAUGAGCCCAUGUACCUCUUUUUGGCCAUGUUGGCAGCCAUUGAUCUAGUCCUCUCUUCUACAACACUUCCCAAAAUGCUGGCUAUUUUUUGGUUCAGAGAUUGCGAGAUCAACUUCUAUGCCUGUCUGGUCCAGAUGUUCUUUCUCCAUUCCUUCUCUAUCAUGGAGUCAGCAGUGCUGCUGGCCAUGGCCUUUGACCGCUACGUGGCCAUCUGCAAGCCACUGCACUACACCACGAUCCUAACUAGGCCCCUUAUCAUCAAAAUUGGCAUGGUUACUGUGACUCGGGCUGUGACACUAAUGACUCCACUCCCCUUUCUGCUCAGACGCUUCCACUACUGCCGGGGCCCCGUGAUUGCCCACUGCUAUUGUGAGCACACGGCAGUGGUAAGGCUGGCUUGUGGGGACACUCGCUUCAACAAUAUCUAUGGCAUUGCUGUGGCCAUGUUUAUAGUGGUGUUGGACUUGCUUUUUGUUAUCCUGUCUUAUAUCUUCAUCCUUCGAGCAGUUCUACAGCUUGCCUCUCAGGAGGCCCGCUACAAGGCAUUUGGAACAUGUGUGUCUCACAUAGGUGCCAUCUUGUCUACCUACACACCUGUGGUCAUCUCCUCAGUCAUGCACCGUGUGGCUCGCCGGGCUGCCCCUCAUGUACACAUUCUCCUUGCUAUCUUCUAUCUUCUUUUCCCACCCAUGGUCAAUCCUCUCAUCUAUGGUGUCAAGACCAAGCAGAUUCGUGAUCAUGUGCUCAGUCUAUUUCAGAGAAAGAAGGUGUAG